AUUGCUUUCACACGAGGACAUUGAAAAUUGGCAACCACCGACGCAGACGACCAAGUCGACCUUCUCCUCCUUGCUAUAUUUCUCCAGUCUCGUUGGAAAGAUACGCCCUACGGUAUUUGCCAAAAUGCUUCGAAGACGGUGGUGUCCAUCGCCACUGUGUCUCCUCCUUCUGCACCCCCUUCUGCUUUCUACCUCGGCUUCUUUGCCCAGCAAUCUGCACUUCGUUAACUGCUCUGAAUAUUUAAACUGCGGAAGCCUUAAGGGCCUUAACGUUACCUAUCCCUUUCGCCUGUCCCUAAGCCCGAGUUACUGCGGCUACCCUGGAUACGAGCUUAACUGCAACCCGGAUGACGAAGCCGCCCCGCUCACCAUCAAAAUCGGUGGAGAGGAUUAUGCUGUACAGAAUAUCUAUUAUGAGCAGAAGACUGUCACAGUCGUCGAUUCGAACUUCAUGAGAACCGAAUGCCCUAUAAGCUUUACCAACACCAGCAUUAACUCAACCCUUUUCAAUUACACCAGUCUCGACCACAACCUCACAGUUUAUAUAAAUUGCAGUUUCCCGACGAUGCCGCCCGGCUUAUUAGAAAUCUCAUGCCUGAACGAGGCCUAUUCGCCUACAAAGUCGUACUAUAAAGUGGGAAAUGGGCCUUCGACCUUUUCAGAAAAUUUGUUUGGCAGCUGUGACAAGACGGCGGCUGUGGCGGUUCAUAACAACCAGACGUUCGGUGGGGCGUUAAAAGAGGGGUUCGGAUUAACUUGGAGCAACGUUAUGGAUUGGUGUCAGAAUUGUAAGGAAUCCGGAGGGAUGUGCGGUUACAAUGAGAGUCGGCCAGGAGAUCAUUUGUGCUUUUGCUCUGAAACUAACUACCUUGAUUCCUGUUUUCACUCUGGCAAUAAACAUGUCACCUGGAAAGUCAUAAUAGGUUUGAGCGCCUCUUUGAUAUGCCUGCUAUUGCUUUGCAUACCUCUGUACUUCUACAUUAUCCAAAGCAACAGAUUAAACACCUUUAUCUUCUGGAAGAUGAACAACAUAGCUCAAACAAUUGAAACCUUUCUUGUUUCAUAUGAAUAUCUUGGCCCUAAAAGAUACAAAUAUUCAGCCGUGAAGAAGAUAACCAAAUCUUUCUCUGAGAAGUUAGGCCAAGGUGGCUAUGGUGCCGUCUUCAAAGGCAAAUUUCCUGACGGUCGUUCGGUUGCCGUAAAGCUCCUGAGUGGAACGAAAGGCAACGGCGAUGAAUUUGUUAACGAGGUGGCCAGCAUCGGCAGGACUUCUCAUGUUAAUGUUGUAAGUCUCUUAGGCUUCUGUUCUGAAGGCUCUAAACGAGCUCUUAUCUAUGAGUUCAUGCCCAACGGCUCACUUGCUGAUAAUUUAAAAUCCACUCUCGGUUGGGAUAAACUGUACCAAAUAGCCGUUGGCAUAGCUCGCGGACUCGAGUACCUACAUCGUGGUUGCAGUACUCGCAUCGUACAUUUCGACAUCAAACCGCACAACAUACUGCUUGAUCAAGAUUUCUGUCCGAAGAUUUCUGAUUUUGGUCUUGCGCAGCUAUGUCUGAGAAAAGAUAGCAUGUUUUCUGCUAUAGAGAUGAGAGGAACGAUAGGAUAUAUUGCUCCGGAGUUGUUCUCCAGAAACUUUGGAGUAGUGUCGAGCAAGUCGGAUGUUUACAGCUAUGGGAUGAUGAUUUUGGAAAUGGUGGGAGUGAGAAGUAACAGAUCACAGAGCUGUAAUGAGAGUGAUAGUGGAUACUAUUUUCCGCAUUGGAUUUAUGAGAAUUUUCAUCAGAUUGGGAGAAUGGAAGGUCUGGAUGUAACUGCUGAGACGGUGGAGAUAGCGAAGAAGAUGAGCUUGGUGGGGCUUUGGUGCAUCCAGACGAAGCCUGGGAGUCGACCAACAAUGAGCAAGGUGGUUGAUAUGCUGCAGAGCAGCAUUGAUCAAUUGGAAUUACCACCAAAGCCUUACUUUGCUUCUCCUUAGUGUCAUUUUGUAGGUGGCAUUGUAACUGCUUUGUGUACAUCAUUGAAUUGUGUCCCAAAAAACUGUUGAUUCCUAAAAAAAUAAUCACAGGAAUAGAUGUUAUGUAGGGGAAGCAAUUUUGCAGGAAUCUCAAUAAUAUUUGCAUUAGUCCAAUCACAGAAAAUAUUCCGCUGCAAUAAAGAAGGUGUGUAAUAACUCUCUUUCUUGUAGUCUUUCAAGAUACUGUAAGAAAAAUAAUAUAUAUGAUCAAACAACAAAGUAAUGAGACAUU